CAUUCCCACUUCCGCUUUGCAUGGGGAAUGUGCAAAGUUGGCGCAGAAAAAAAAGAUCACGCGUGUAGACUUUAAUGUUUACAAUAUCUCCACCUGUGGAAUUUAGUUUACCGAUAAUGUAGGAAUAACCGAAGAUUGAAAUUCUCAUACAGAUUAAUCCCACAGUCACAAAUACAAUAACAAUGUUUUCAUGGAUGAUAGAGACCAACUAGAGGGAAAAAGCUAGAAGCCAUGGAGGAAUUUUUACAGGAAACCAAACAUUUCCUGGAGACAGAUGAUAAAAUACAUGUUGUCAUUGGCAACGAAUCAUGUGACCUUGACUCUGUGGUGGCAGCCUUGACCUAUGGCUAUUUUCUGCACAAGACCUCAUCUUCAAGCCAAACAAGAUGUCUUCCAGUACUGAAUACUCCAAAAUCGCAAUUCCAUCUCAGGACCGAUUCCAAGUAUCUCCUCAGCCAGACAGGCAUAAACCCAGACCAUCUGACCUUCAAAGAUGACCUUGACCUUCAAGACCUCCAUCUCAAGGGCAGACUGUCCCUGACCCUGGUGGACCACAAUGUCUUGGCGGGAGAGCAUGCAUCGCUAGAGGACAGUGUUGUGAUGGUGAUCGACCAUCAUCAGUUGGAGAGGAAGCAUUGCGACAGGGUGAAGGUCGUGCUGGAUAUGGUGGGAUCUUGCUGUACUCUGGUGGCGGGGAUAAUGUUGGACUGUCCAGAAUUUACUCUGUCUCCACAAAUUGCCACCAUGCUGAUCGGAACAAUAUUAGUGGACACUGUUAAUACAAGCCCGGAGGCAGGAAAGACAACUCCGUAUGACCAGGAGAUAUUGGGCCGACUGAUGCAGGCCGUUCCCGACCUCGAUCGAGACAAGCUCUUCAACCAGAUUCAGGAAGCUAAAAACGAUGUCUCCGCCCUUACAACUCAGGAAGUCUUAGAAAAAGACCUUAAAUGUGUCACCCAUAGCAACCAGACAGUGGUGAUGUCAUCAAUUCCUGUGUCUCUGGAAACUUUUUUGCAGCGCUCUGAUGUGAAAGAGGCAUUAGAUGCUAUCAUGCAUGGGAGAAGUGGACAGAGUGUUGUCGUCAUGACAAUGCACAUCGAGUCGGGGGACCCCGAAAGGGAAAUUUUGCUUUUCUCUCACAAUGAAGAGGAAUUGAAAAAGUUGGCAGAGUUCUUGAGGAGUGAUAAAGAUGUCCAACUUGACCUUCAACCUUUGACAUGUGACUUAAAAUACUCAUUUGCAUAUCGCCAGGGAAACGUCAAGGCUUCCAGAAAGAAAGUCUUGCCACUAGUCAAAUCCUUUUUGCAAACAACCUGUAUACCUCAGGAUGAACUCUUGUUGAACUUUGACCCAAUGGGGUCAAAUGUGAGUGCGAGUGCACUUGUAGAUUUUUCUGCUGACUCACCUUCCCUUUCAGUGCCAACCAACUUGGAAAAACCAAGCACCAAUCAAAAUCUGUUAUUUGAUCCCAUAAUGACCGACAAUGCUAAUGCCAACAGCACUGCUACGCAAGAUCUCCUGGGGUUGUUUGAUAGCAGUACGCCCUCUCAGAAGCAACCUAAAAUCAGUGUCACGUUGCCAAAAUCUCCAGAAGGUGGAUUCACUGCAGGCUCCACCUUCCCUGAUUUGCUGGGGGACUUUACAGAGUCUGAUGUGAUGGAAUCACCCCUAAGGACCCCUGAUUUGAUGCAGAGUCUCUCGGAAGCUUCCUCUGGACCUGGCUCGACUGCCAACUCCCGUCCUGGUUCUGAAUUUCCAAGUCACACGGUGACCCCACCAGAGACAGGGACACCCCCCAACAGUCUGAUCUCAUCCGGAUUUCAUCUCCCCAACAACGAAUUCACGCUACCUAGCAUGAACAAUGCGGAAACCAUUGAAAAGAUCCAACAUAAGAAGCAGCAGAUGAUGAGCCACGGAAUGACCACAUCGCGGUUGAGAGGAGACUCCACAGACAGUUGUCCCUAUACGCCACACAACAGUGUGGCAGAUUUUCAGUUUGAUGCGUUCGCCAAGGAACAUAGCUUACGAACUUUGAAUAACUCCCAGAUGGUGCGUGAUGUGGAACAGAAGAGGAAAUCUCUAGGUGGAGAAGUGGAUUUAGUCUCUUCCUCUACAGAUCAGGAGGAGGCAGAGAAUGUUCCUUUCACACCUUGCAACAGUUUUGUUUCGGAGCAGUUCGGUGACUUAUAUAACCGAGAUUCAAGUCUACGCAGUCUUAAUAAUGCAGAAAUUGUGCAGCAGAUUCAGGAGAAGAGAGCUAGUAUGAGUGGGAUUGCAUCCACUGUUUUAGAAGAGGGAGAGGAAAAUGAGGAGGAGUGCAAUGAGGAGAAGAAGAUGGAAGAAGAUGAUGGAGAAGAAGAUGUUGUUCCUUUUACCCCACAGAACAGUUUCAUGGAAAGUAAUUUCGAUAGGUUAGCCAAGGAGCAUAAUUUACCUAGUCUUAACAAUGCAGAUAUGGUGCUAAGAGUUCAACAAAAACGCUCCUCUUUAGGGAACAUGAUGGCCGACCCCGAAGAGGGCAAAGUUAUGUCCCCUGGUGCGGAAGGAGAAGACGAGGACCUCGAGCAGAGUUACUCCCCUUUUACACCUCAGAACAGCUACGUUGAAUCCCACAUGGAGAAGUACGGGAGACAUGGUCUUGACAUGAAUUCUCUCAAUGACCGUCUGCUGGGUAUCGAUCAGGACAAGUCUGUGAUAAAUCCACUGGUGCCAAAUCUACUGGACUUUGACCCUUUGUCAGGAAAACCAGAAAAUGUGGUUGCCAAGGGAAUUGCUCAAGAAAUGUUUAAAGACAAUCAAGAAAAUUCAGUGAACGACUUGCUAGAUCUUAACUUUGGUGAUCAGGAGGAUGAAAAUGGUGAUGGCAGCGGCGGCAGUGAUGGCACAGGGAAUCAUGGGAAAUCCAGUGGCAUUAUGGGAAAAAAUGACAGUCAAGGAGCUCAAGGAGACAGAAGUCAGUCAAACGAGACAUCUCCAAAUAUGGACACCGGACCAGUGGAUGAUGUUGCAUUCUCUUUAGCGGGGAAGCUCAUAGAACAUGUAUUAGAUAACUUUGAACCUAGUGAUCUAUUGGUGGACACGGCAGAAAGUAAUGAGGCGGUCGUUGUCCCUGUUUCUACGGAAACCAAAAAACAGGAAGAGCAAGCAGUAGAAGUAAAAUCUCAAGGACCCCAGAGUUUGUUGGUCCCUGACUCAAGUACUGAUGUGAAGAAAGUUCCCAGCAGUGGCCAGCUCCUUGGCUUGGAAACUGAUUAUCUCUCCAAAGUGGACCUUUUCCAUGGUAACUAUGACCUCAUGAGUAACCAAGGCAACCAGGAGGUGGUGGAGAGUUCAAGUUUCCGCAAAAUCAGCGGAGAGGCUCCGCAGACCGUCCGAGAGGAAAUUCUUGACUCGAUCUCGCGCGAGUCUUUCGACAGAUCUCGAGCAGGAGAGGAAGGUUAUAAAGAGAAUGGAAUUGAGGAGGAGAAUGAAGGAAUGAUGGAAGAAAUCAGGGAGGAUAGAAAGAUAGAAGGAGGAAUGAGUAAAGCAGGAGGUGUGAAAGAGGAGGAGGAGGAAGUUAAGAUUGAGGAGCAAGAGGGCAAAGUUGAGGAGCAGGAGUCUGAUUUGACACAGACAGAGGGGGAAGAGGAAGUUACAGAGAGUGAAAUAGAGCGUACUCAGAGUGAGGAUGGGGAUAGUGCAGCGUCUUCACCGACUCAACAUGUGGCCAGGGAGUUGCUGGAUACAGUCAUCAAAAAUGCAGUAGAAAUUGUCCAAUCAGAAAUGGAAGAGGAAACUGCAUCAGCAAAUCUAAGAAAACCAAAACUUCCCUCCCAGAGUAUCUUCAACUUCGACACAGCGGAUGACAUGGAAGAAUCUGGGUCGUCUCCGUCGGAUGGGUCAUCCCCGACAACGACAGAGGCGAGUUAUCGGCUGUCUUCCCCGGAUUUGACUGAAGGUGCGAACAAUUCUGACGUUAUCGGGAUGGUUUGUUCUGGUCUUUCUAUUGGUAGUAUAAGCAGCGAGAGUCUGUCUUCCUACACUGGAUUCAAAAGUGACGUUAACCUUGAUCAGACGGGCAGGUCGAUGGCGUCCAUGGGAAGUAUAAGUAACGAGAGUUUGUUGUCGUACUCGCACGUCAAGAGCGACAUGAAUCUAGAGGACUUGACACCUGAAAACAAAGAAAAGGUGAAAAAUCCGACAUCUGGAAAAGAAAAGCUGGAAGUGGAGGACUUGAAAGUGAAAACGAAGGUGAUUUUUAAAGUUGACUCGUUCACGGAUGAUAACCUCGAUGAAAACACAGAUAAAGUGAAAGUGAGGGAGAAAGAGAAAGUGAAAGUAGAUUCUGAAAGUAAAAAGGAAGUGUACAUCACCACAGCUGGACGGAUCAGCAUUAAGGUUGAUGACGAGGCCCUGAUGUCGGAUUUGUCGCCAUCAAAAGGUCAGUCUGUGAUGUCAUCAGUGACAGAGGAGAGUUCUCUGGUGACAUCAUCACAGUCCAACGAGGGACUUCCCCUGAUGUCUGUCUCCAGCGAUCCAUUUGAGAGUGUCGAUUCAACUGCCACGGUAACAGAGGAUGAAAAAGAGGUCUUGGUAGAAAGCAAGAAAAAUCCAAGUGAUGAUAUGACGGAAUCAGACAGCAAACUCAAGGAUCGACUGGGAGGUCUUGACCUGGCGGAUGAAUGGCAGGAGGAUGACAUUCCAGGAAUGCCCCCCGCGGAAAACGUGUCCGAUGAUUCCAGUGACUCGGAAGGUUCCCGGUCCAGACAUUCCAGUAAUUCUAGCCACUCCAGUACGGAAAAUCGUCGAGUGAGGAAUACUUCCCUCAGUGCACAUCCGAAGAGGAAGAUCACGGCCAACUUCAGCAUACUGAGCGAUGAUCUGGAGGAUGAUGGGAUGGACCCGGCAGACGGACUGGAGUGGGAAAAUGACACACCCAUUAAACAGACGGAUCCACUCCCAGAAUUCUCAGCUAGGGAAGAGUACAAGGAAGCCAAACUUUGGAAAGGAGUUGAAAUUGGAGGGAAGACCAUGAAGAUUGACCUCAAGGUCAUUGAGCCUUAUAAAAAGGUGUUAUCUCAUGGAGGUUACUAUGGUGAUGGACUUAAUGCAAUUAUCAUAUUUUCGGGUUGCUACCUUCCAGAUAGGAGUAGACGUGAUUAUCAGUAUGUAAUGGAUAACUUGUUCAUGUAUGUGAUAAGUACUCUGGAGACACUAGUUGCAGAGGACUACAUGAUUGUGUAUUUCCAUGGUGCCACCCCUCGACGACAGAUGCCGAGUUUCGGUUGGCUGAAAAAAUGUUACCAGAUGAUUGACAGGAGACUUCGUAAGAACCUGAAAUCGCUGCUGUUAGUUCAUCCAACUCUUUGGUUACGAACCAUUGUUAUGAUGACUAGGCCAUUCAUAAGUGCCAAGUUCUCUUCCAAGCUGAGGUUUGUGCGGUCCCUGUCAGAACUAGGUCAGAUCAUUCCAAUGGAGUACAUCUUUGUCCCAGAGCUAGUGCAACAGGUUGAAGUUUUGUUGGAACAAAAUCCAAAUUUCUUGGAAGAAUAUGACAACAAGGAGAAAAAGAAAGAAAAUGAGAAAAAGAAGGAAGAGAAGAGAAAGAAGAAGGAGGAAGAGAAGAAGAAGAAAGAAGAGAAUAAAGCAGCAUCCAAGGGGAAGGGGGGCUUUAGAAGUUUAUUUAGAAGAAAGUAGUGCAGUACACUUUAAUUUUUUGGUCUCAUUUUAGAUGUAAUUUAAGACAUUUAAAUAAACCCCAGAGAGAACUUAUAACUGAAUAGUAUAUGAUUUUCAAUAUAAUCUAUUAGAGGAAAUUUAUAUCCUAUUUGUGAAUAUAUGUGUUUAAGAUGAAACCAUCCUAGUUGAAGUUUUCAAAUUUAAACCAUGAAGAAAUGACAGAAAGUUAUAGAAACCUUGGAGAUGUUUUGGCAGUAUUUGUCAAUUUACAUAAAUUCAAUAUUCAUGUACUACUAAAAUGCAUUCUUUAAAUAUUAAUUUGGAAAGGUUUACAGUUGGGGCAGCUUUUUAGAGAUGUUUAAAAGAGAUGGAUUUUUAGGCUUUACCUUUUUAAGAUGAACAUCUUUUUUCAACGGUAUAGGAAAAUGUUUAAAAAAAAAAAUAAGGUUAAAUUAUUUAGAUUUCUUUAUUAAAUAACAGUUUAUGGAUAAAAAAAAUAUCAUGUUUAAAAGUUAAGACAGUUCUGAUGUUUGAUUUGUUGACAAUUUAGCUUCCCAAUCUACUCACCUGGAAAUUACCAUAUCUGAUUGGUGAUCAGAAAUGACUACAUGUACAUCUGAGUGACCCGUAAUAUUUUUGUGACUAAAUUCUUCCUGCUGCCUUUUUACUUACAGGAUAUAGAUAAGAAAGAUAAGAAAGUUAUUGUUAUAUAUGUAGAGAAGUUCAUUAAAAAAAAUAUGACUGGUAGAUUAUUUGACAAAUAGAUUUGUGAAACUGUGAUUUAUAAUUCAACCCAUGAAAAAGUGCUGAUUUAGAACUUUUUGUUGUUGUUGUAUUUUUUCAAUUUCUGUCAACCCUGAUGUGAGAUGUUCUUUUAACAUGGGAACUGUAUAUGUAAGGUGUGUGCUGUUAAUUUUAUUUUUAAAAAUGAUACAAAACCAAUCAAUAUCCUGGUUUCCUCAAUAUAGUGCUUACAAUGAGAGUUCUGUUCAUGUUUAUCAUUGUAUGUAUAUUGUUCCUCAAUCUUUUUAUCAUUUUCUGUUGAACCAAUGUAAAUAUAAAGAACAUAUUGAUAUGUUAAUAUUGAAGAUGUGAUAAAAAAAAAAUCAUGUUUCCUAAGAUUAAUUAAUUUGGUUUGUUAUUGUUUUAGUUCUGUCUACAAUUGUAACCUUCACAUUUUUAUAGUUGAUGCUUUGAUAGAAACUUUAUACCUUGUGACUAUAAAGGUCAGAGGUGAAUGAAGUGUUUACCUGAAGGUCAAGGUUAAAUUGAAUGUUUAAGGUUCAGUUGGUUACGUAUUGCUUUGCUAUGUGGCAUUACAUGAAACAUCUUAAAUUUUGCAGAUUUUGGUCCUUUUUCCUUCUUUCGUUCUAAAUUGAAAGAUUUUGAAUGUGUGCUAAAUGACAUCAGCUUGUUUGUAAUCUUUUUUUUUUUUGCCAGCACAAGCUCAAUUCAUUAGUGAAAAACACACAGCUGAUAAAGCUUAUAAAAUGUUUAUUCAAUCAAUAUCAGCAUUAACGUUUUAUACAUUUUUUUGUGUUUAUUUCCCACAUCUUUGCAUACUAAAAAGGUUACUAGUAAAAAAAAAUUGGGCAUAUACUUGUUUUUAUGUUUUGCUUCAGUAAUACUCAUCAAUGCUUAAUAUGAAUUAUAAAUUACAUGUAGUU